CUCAUCUUUGCUGAGAAGCAAGAGGUCUGCAUGAUGAAGGUUGCACUGCUGAGCCUGGGGCUGACCCUGCUCUGUAUGCUCCUGGCCGAGGCUCAGCCGAGGGCAGAAAGGGUAGACAAGAACAAGCUCACAGGGAAGUGGUACGUCACUGGUGUGGCAUCGACCUGCAAUUGGCUUCAAAAGAGGAAGGGUGACAUGACCAUGAUGCCUGCUGAUAUCUCGCUCACCAAGGAGGGGGAAGUGCUUUUUUCAAUGGCCUUCUCCAGCCAGGGAAAAUGUACAAAAAUGGAAAUGACCUUUAAGGAAACAGAGACGCCAGGUGAAUUCUACUCUGAAGAGUAUCGUAAAACUGCGCAGGUGAUAAAGAUCGACUAUGAGCACUAUGGCAUUGUUUAUGCCUUCUGGACAGUUGAUGAGAAGGUCUGCAGAGAACUGAAACUCCUCACCAGGAUCCAGGAGCUGACCCCUGAAACAGAAGCGCUGUUUAGACAGUUGGCUGAGGAGAAAGACUUCAGUGAUGAUCUAAUUGCCAUCUUUUUCAACAAAGGGAUAUGCACCCUAGCUGACGCCUAGGGGAUGCUGAGCCAUACAGUUGAUGUUGUUCCUGUUGUUCCUGGCUGAAGAAACAGCCACUCUUUGGAAAUCCAAGAUGCAGCUUCAGGCUUCCUCUUCCUCUCUUUCUUCUCCUCCUCGCUGCUCUUGAUGGUGUGGUUUUGCAGGAUCUUUUGUUUCUUGGGAGUAAUACUUUUGCUUGCUGAAUAAAUAGAAUUGAAAAUAAA